AGCCAUCUUGGCCCGAGGGAGGGCCGCGGAGCGGCCCGGACCUAUGCGCCCCUGCGUCCCUUCCGCGCGCCCCUCGUCUCGCGGCAGCACGAUGGCUGCAGGGGGGGAGGGGGGAGCCUCGUCCGGCGCCUCCGCCGUGCCACUGCCAAUUUGCCGAGCGGGGCCCAUGGCCGGCGUCGGGGACAAAGGGCCCCACGGCGAGGCGGCCGACACGAGCUCGACGCUCCUGGCCCACGAGGCCUCGGAAUUCGCGGACCAGUGCAGCCCCUGCUGGGAGAGGCGCCGCCGGGGCGGCCCUGGGCGCGGCAGCGCGCCGGGCCCCGCCAGCAGGGGCUUGGCCGCUGGCAGGCUUUUCGUGGCGCUGGCUCCCGCGGCUGUACUGCUGGUGCUGGUGGUCGCGUUCCAGCCUGAGGCCACCCGCCGCAGAGUGCCAGCACACCAGGGCGGCGGCGGCGGCGCGGAUGACCCCCCCGACGCUCCGUCGGCAUCGGCGCCCGCGAGCUUCCUGGAGGCCUUCGACGGUCACGACGCCUGCGAUGUCAGCUUCGCGGACCAGGACCCGCGGGCGGAGUGCUUCUGCCAGGUGGCCCGCAACCCGGGGUGCAGCGGGAGGCGAUGCAGCUGCACCGUGGCCUGCCCCUCCGACGAGGCGUCUGUCCGGCGGCACCCGAACUCCGUCAGCUUCGUCGGCGAGAAGACUGCGGCCGGCUGCUCGGGCAAGGCCACCUCGAUCGUCACGGUCUCCAAGUCCUACCUCACGAACCUGGAGGACCUCAAGAACACGUGCCCAGGCAGGAUGACGGACCUCAUCGCCGAGAUGUUGCGGGGUGGUUUCCAGGUCUACCAGCAAGCCGUUGGUCCAGGCGCCGUGCGCCACUGCAUCAAGGGCGACAGCACGCCCGGCACGCCCUGGCUGCACGUCGUCACGUUCUGCGCCGAGGGGGAGAUCGACCGAAUGCCCUCCGCCGGCCGCUUCAACUGGUGCGCCACCAUGACCCACGAGAGCCAGGCGCAGUGGGCCGCCACGCUGGCCACGGUGUGGGCCGGCGGCCAGUACAGCGUGCCGGCGCCGCUGCCCGACAGCAGGCCCGACGUGCUCCCAGUGGCUGCCAGCGGUGCGGGAGGUCUGGGCUCGUGCAGGGAGAUCGGGUGCGGCAACCACCGGCCGAGGCCGGAGUGCUCCUGCAACCCCGCCUGCCAGCAGUACGGGGACUGCUGCAGCGACUACGCGGCCACCUGCGAGGCCGCCAGCAACGCGGGCGAGGGCUCCCAAUGCUACUUCCAGUACCGGGACGGCGGCUACAACGAACUGUGCUUCUGCCACUCGCUGGGAACCCAGGCUGCGCCAGCGAGAAGUGCGCCUGCGACCAGGGCUGCGGCAGUGACUCCCUCCUCGGAAGCGGCGAUCACAGCGUCACCUUCAACAACCACCACGAGGCCAAGGGCUGCUUGGGCCCGGCCGUCGCGCUGCUGACGAUCCCAAAGUCGUUCUACAGAAACAUCCAGUCUCUGAAGGCUAAGUGCAGUCAGGGUAUGGUCUCCUUGCUGGCCUCUAUGCUGAAGUCGUCGUUCGAGACGUACCAGACCAAGGUGGCGCAGGGCGCGGUCUCGCAGUGCAUCCACGCGGCUCACUCGGUCAGCGUGGGCUGGCUGCACAUCCACACUUUCUGCCCUGGUGGAGGCAUCGACAACUUGCCUGGCUCGUCGGACGUGGGCUGGUGCGGCACGAUGUACACCUCCUCGGACGCCCAGCCGCUUGCUGAGGCGAUGGUUGCCUGGGCCCACCGGUAGGAUCCAGGGGGGGAGCCCUGCUGCUAAUCGGCGCCCACCCCUGACGAUCCUCCUCCCCGACCUUCCUCCUCGACCCUCCUCCCUCCCCCGCUCUGACGCCGACCAGGGCUCCUGCAGGCGCCGUCCGGUAGUGAGCACGCCGGCCGUUACCCAGUCGAGGGGACGGAACAUGAGGGAGGGUGAGAUGGAGAUGGAGAUCAGUCGCGAUGACGCUUCGGAGUGUCUUUUUUGUCUUCCAUGCCCCCUCGGAGAUCCCGCCUUCUUUUCCUUGGCGAUCAUUUGCAUGCUGGUGCCGAGUGUUUGCACUCAAGUUCUCCUCCUUCCCCUUCUCCCCUCGACCCCUUUUCUCCUCUCUCCCUUAACCCUCCACCAUGUGCUGCCCUGCUGCUCGGCGUUGACUUGCCCGCAAUGCACCGGGCGCCAAGCGUCCAGGUGCGAAUAUAGGUGCAAAUCACGACUCCCACACAUGUCACAUGUGCUAAUGACUCUGUCGCUGCGGUGCCCCGGGAUGUUAUAAAA